GUCCUGCACUUCUUUCUUAGAGAAGCAACCGGUUAUCUGCACCUACUAAUCUACUUGAGUGCCUCACCUGAACUUUGAGAAAACAGCGCACGCAGAUUUCACAGACAAAGAGCUCGCCAGUCAUGACAAGGAUGCAGCAGCAACGCAUGCCCUUCUUUCUGGUUGUCUUCUUUGUGGUCCUCAUCGCGGGAAUAGUUUUGUCGGGUCCCUCCACGCCACGCAGGAGCAGAGUCCGACGUCAGAACAUGAAGGUCCGUAUCAACGCUACAGGUGACACCAUCGUAAUGAAGUUUGUACGUCCCAACACCGACACCAAGCUGGAGGGCUACAUCCUGGGCUACGGCAGCAGCAUGUUCUCCAAGCAGUUCAUUCCGCUUCCGGAGAAUGGGAAGCCUUACGAGACUGAGUUUGACGCAGAGCCUAAAUACCUGAUAGCCGUCCAACCGAUCCCAACCAACGAUAUCAAAAAGCAUUGCACAGGGAAAGUGGAAUUGGAGAAGCCACUUCACUUAGUUAUAGGCUCAGUGACACCCACUUCAGUUCUGCUCUCCUGGGGAACCUUAUUGAAGACUCCGUAUGAAGGGAACAUCAUGAAUGACUGUCUCGAGGAUGGACACUACACUGUGCGUUACCGGGAGAGGAACAGAAAAUGGAAUUACCAGACCUGCCCAACUAGUGACACAGUAAUUGACAAUCUCAAGCCCAAUGCAGUGUACGAGUUCGGUGUUCAGCCUAGCACAAAGGACAAGACUGGUUCGUGGAGCAAGCCUGUCAUCCACAACAUUAGCUCAGGGGGCAUUCAAGAGAAAGUCAUCAGGAAAAUCUACAAACGUCCCAUCAGCUCUGUGAAACCCAUUGCACCAGGUCCUCACUUCCCCUUCUCUCCUCGCCAUGUUCUUCACAAUAGGACGCAGGGAAGACUACCCCUAUCCCGCAUCAUAACCCCAAAGACAACUCUUGCACCCAUCACAACUACUAAACAGGAACCUUUGUCUACCACUGGACCUGUGGCACCUGUGACUACUACCAAACAGCCCAUCGGUGGAGGCCUCUCCAAAUCUGUCAUUCCUCCUUUCCAUGAGAUCCCCUUAGUUCCUAAUCUCCAACUCCCACUCGGGAAUUCAGCUCCAACAGCUUCUAUACCAGUCCCAAAUCUAAAUGGUGGACAAUCCCAAAUUCAUGCCCCACCACCGUUACAUCUCCACCAAUCCCCAAAACAAUCCAAGCCCAGACCACAAUUACCCCAAAUAGGUUCUCAAGCAAAACCAAAUUUGAACCGUCAAUUCGCCUUCCCACCGGUAACCCAACAUGGACCAUAUCUAGAUCUAGAGCUGCACACCAUGACAAACAACCAGAUUCCAAAACAUUACCAUCAAACAACCCAGUCUACAACCCAAGCACAACCCCAGUCAGAAAUUGGAUCAACAUCCAAAACCCAGACCAAAUCAAAAACUCAGGCAAAGCUACAACUUCUAAUUCCGUUUCAAGCCACAACACAACCUGAACCACAACACGAUUUAAUAACCCAGUUCAAACACCCGACACAAUUAACAACAAAGCCUGCAGAUGAGAAACUACCAAAAACAUCUCUAAUAACAAAGCUACGUCAACCUCCAAAGAAACAAAAUCAAACAAAUUCUGGCUUCAUACCUAAACAAUCAUCCCACACUUCAAAUCAGCCACAACUCGAAACACCAUCUGAACCAACGAUCCAUUUUGACACAACACUUCCAUCUGUCACUCAACUAAAACACUCUCCCAAGCCUGGGCCUAGCAUAAAAAAACAUUUUACAGUUCAAUCAACAUCCAAACCAACGGCUAAUUUCUUAAUCCCCAUGUCACAACCUUUGUUUGAGAGAACGACCCAGCCAAAAUCACAGCCAGGUCAUCCAGCUAAGUCACAAAAGCAACCCAUCACCAGAUAUGGUACUAGUAACCAACCAGAACCGUUAGAUAGAACACAUACACAACCCCAGUCUCCUUCUUUGUCUAACACCCUACCCCAAAGAAAACCUGCUUCACAACUCCCAUCACCGGCAGCAAAACGACCCCAAACCAAGACCAAUACUGCACCAAAUCCGCAAGCAGAACCUCAACCUGGAAUUGAGAUUCAGACUGACGGCAGGACAAUUCCUAUUGAGAUCCCUCCAUUGCAGGCAGUUCCCACUGCUCCUAGUCCACCGGAGAAGGGAAAGCCUCUGCCAAUUCCAGCCCCGGCUGCAGAGAAGCCUGAUAGUUACAAUCUUGGUACCUCUAACCGGAGAGUUGAGAACCCUCGCUCCCCCACAAGCUCUUCAGCUAUCCCUGGAGGAAGAAACACAACAUUUUCCCGCGUCCGGCCUCCACCUCACUUCCCUCGAAAUGGUGUCAGAUCAUUCCCCACCUCACACAGCUCUAGGAUCUCUGGGGUGCAUCAUAGGAGCAAUGCUCUCCCUAAACCUGGAGCAUGGCCCAAAGAGAAACCUGUUCUGCGACCAUCUGUUCCUAUUAACAAGAGACCCAACCUUGUGGGGAUGCCAAACGACCAUGAUAAACCCAUGGACCUCAAACAAGGCGACAAGGAGUCCAUCUUGAAGCCUUUCCCCCUGGUCACGUCCAAGCCUAAGCAGGAACGGCGACAACAGACAACCACUACUACGCCUUCAUUAAACAGCAGCCGCUUUGACAUCAAUGAAAAUUCCUCCAUAUUCAGGCCCCUGCCCGCAUCCGAUGUGGACAUUAUGGGAAAGAAGCGAUAUGUUGCUCCUCACGUGGUCUACAAGACUGAUAAGAAGCCAGACGAGCCUUGUUCCAUCACAUCCUCGCUGACUUACUUCCCUGACGAAGAGGACGGCGGCGAUCAGAACGUGACGGCCGCCCCCCGUAACCCACCAUCCAAUCUCACCGUUGUUACCGUCGAAGGGUGUCCGUCUUUUGUCAUCCUUGACUGGAAGAAAUCUGAUAACGAAACUAGAGAAUACGAGGUAGUAUCAACGGCUAAAGGACCCAACGGAGAAGAAGUGUCCAUAUUGACGACAACAAACCAGACGCAUACGGCUGUGGAGAAUCUAAAACCAGAAAGCAGCUACGAGUUCAAAGUGACACCAAAGAACGAGCUGGGAACGGGGCCGUCGAGCGAGCCUGUGUCGUUUAACACAGAGUCAGCUGACCCACGCGUGAGUGAAAAUGUUUCAGGAAAAGAUGCCCUUUGGACACAGUUCCCAUUCAAGACGGACUCUUACUCAGAAUGCAAUGGGAAGCAAUACGUGAAGAGGACUUGGUACCGAAAGUUUGUGGGCAUCCAGCUCUGCAACUCCCUCAGAUAUAAGAUCUACCUCAGUGACUCACUCAAUGGAAAGUUCUAUAACAUUGGAGAUCAAUCGGGUUACGGUGAGGACCACUGCCAGUUUGUGGACUCCUUCCUGGAUGGACGGACUGGGGCGCAGGUGUUUGCUGACCAGUUACCAUCAAGGCCAGGUUACUUCCGAGCACUGAGACAAGAGCCAGUUAGCUUCGGCGAGAUUGGGGGUAAAUCGCACGUGACUUACGUGGGAUGGUACGAAUGCGGCACGCCCAUACCCGGCAAGUGGUAACGCCUCAACGCAGUUCCGAAGAAGGUCUGGAAGACGAGAACCAAUGGAGCCUAACCUGAAGGGAGUUGGGCUUCGUUUCCAUGGUGCCUUAAAUCAGGUGUGGGAAACCCUCCCACCCCAUUUAGAUAGUCCCCCAAGGACCAUGCUAAAUUCAUGAGAAAAAAACACGGUCGGACAAAUGUUUUUCCACUAUAAAUUGUUAACAUUUGUUGGGCAGAGUUUUUAAGAAUUACAUGGCGGGUUAUACAUGGCUAACAAGCUAUUAGUUCCCAUAGACACUGUAGAUUGGGGUGGGGGUGUCUAAGGUUACCACGAGAUAUGAAUGGGUUCGGGAAACAAUACCCUGAUGUUGUAAAUGUGUGGAAAUGUAUGGAUGAGUAGUAAAAAUGUUGAUUAUUCAGUCAUUGUUCUGAAAAAUAUUGGGAAGCUGGCUCCCAAAAUGUAUCAUACUAUUUAUCAAGGGAUGGUCACAGAAUUAUAGCGCGUGCUUGUACAUUCCAGAGGACAUAGACUUGCAUGGCUAUAAACACACACAUUUGUAUACAGAAACAAGGUGCCACUCGUAAUGACUGUACAUUUGAACAAUGUAAAAUACAGUACAAGCACAUACGACACAUGCGAGACCGACUGUUCGCUGUUCCUGAGGAAUCGCUAGCGGUUGCAGAUUGCACAAUAUUACACUUUUGUUUAUAUAUGUAAAUGGAGGGAAAUAUUUUUUGUCUACCAAGGAAAGAUGACGUUUGUUGGAAGUAUAAAUACGUGCAAAUCGAUGGUGAAAAAAAGAAUUGAGCUUUUAUGAUGUUGUUUUAUGCUAACCUUUCUCCAAUAAGGAAAUUUAUCCUUUGCAAACUGUACAUAUUUUUCACAUUUGCUUACACUUUUGUGUCGCAACAUGAUUUCCAGCAUUAAAUCUUGU